AUGAGUGGUGUCCCGCGUGCGUUGCCAAGUCUGCCGGGAGGCUGCAGAGCUCGCAAGCGCUUGCCCAGGACGGUGCGGGUGCCCACCGCCGCUGGGCCUCCCUGCUGGGAGCUGAGGGCAGAGCCCUCAAGCCAGCCAGCCAGCCAGCGCCCGGCUCGUUCCGUCACCUCCACCCAUUGGCGCCUGUCGCCCUGCCCAGCCGGGGACAAGCGAGCGGCGGGAGGGUGGGGCCACCGAGCUGGAGCUGGCACAGAGGCCUCGGGCACGGGCACGGACGGGCCCGGCAGCGGGAUGGAGGUGCGCUGGGGGCUGCCCUGCCUGGCGCUGCUGCUGUGUCUCCUGACGCUCGCCCCAGGGCAACGCGACUUCGACCUGGCGGACGCGCUGGACGAGCCGGAACCCACCAAGAAGCCGAGCUCGGACAUCCUCCCCAGGCCCAGGCUGCCCCAGCCACCCCAGCCUGCCAACUUCGGCAACGGGAACGGACACGGGAACGGACACGACCUCUACCCACCGCUGAACCCCAGGCCGCACCCGGAGCCCGGAGCCAGCGACGAGCACACAGGACACUCGGACAGCGGCAAAGACCCCAAGCCCAAGCCGCCUACAGCAGGGGGAGCGGGAGGACCAGGAGGAGCAGGAGGAGCGGGAGGAGCAGGAGGAGCAGGCGGCAGUGACAGCAGCGGCGGCCAGGACACCAGCGGCUGCCCCCCGGCCUGUCCCCCCGCAGGCAGCACCAUCGCCAAGAUCGUGUCCCCCAUCGUGUCGGUGCUGGUGGUGUCGCUGCUGGGCGCCGGCGUGAGCUACUUCAAGUCCGGCGGGCGGGGCGGCUGCCUGCGGACCAGCGGGGGACCCGGGAGCAGGGCCCCCCAGGACGGCGUGGGGUCCCCACCUGUGUGACACGGCCCCCCCUUCCCCUGCAGAGGUGGAGAACGUGUGAAGGAUCCCGGGCCGCCAUGCGGGCCAGAGACCGCAGCCAGGACCAGACGAAGCCGGGGCGGGGGCUGGGGUGCGCGGGGUCAGCACAGGGGGGCCCCCUCCCUGUCCUCUCCUCCCCUCCCCCCUCCUUGCUCCUCGGGUUCUGGGCACCCCCAGAGCCUCCACACGGAGCUAAGUUCUAGCCGUUGCAAACUUUAAUUUAAUUUAAUUUUUUAAUCCAUUUCAAGAGUACGUCUUGCCGAGUGGUGCUGAGCCCCAGGCUGGGCUCAGCGCCCCCUGGACCUGAGGGCAGCGGUGUGCACCCCACCUCCCACCCCGGGCAUGACCCACUGGGCCUCACAACCCAGCUGGGGACCCGGGAGGCAGGCCGAGUUUCCCAAGCCCUGGCCUGGGCCUCGUCCUCCGGCCCUGCCCAGGGCUGGCACGCCUGGCUGUGCCCCUCGUGGUCCCCAGCGGGCCCCGGCUCCUGUGCCGGGAACCCAGGCUGACGGGACGCGGGCAUUGCCAGCACCGACGCCACUGUGCUGGGGCCUCAGGGCCUUUGCACGGCCUUCCCUCCAGGUUCUGUAUUCCUGAGCGGCGCACAGAGUUUCCGGGCUGAGCUCUUCGGAGCUGAGUGUUGCUCCCCGAUGCUCGGUUCUCUCCCGCCCCUGACGAAACGCAGGUUCAUUCCUUUUUGGCCGCUGGGGUGCCAGUGCUGCCCGCUCCACGGCCGAGGGCGGGAGACAGCGCAGGCAUUAAUCAGGACACAGAGCACAGAGGGGCGGGGCUGAGUCCUGCAUGGCCACGCCCAGCAAGACGUCACUUCCGCUGUAGGCCACGCCCCUCGUGGGUCUCGUUGCCGGGCAACGGCUCCUAGACUGAGUACCAAGUCCUCAACACUGAGCGCGGGUGCUGCUCACGGUGCCUCUGCGGCUUGCGGACACUCAGUGCGGACUCGUCAGGGGCGACGUGCGGCACGAGGGACCCCGAGCUGCACCCCGUUUCCCUAAAAGCGGGCAUUAUUAAAACGCUGGCUUCCGCCCUGCUGUCCACAA